CGCCGAUUGUCGUCGACGCACGAUGCCCAAGAAGAAGACCGGCCAGGCCAAGAAGCGGGCCAAGAUGAAGAGCCGCCAGGCUGAGAUCCGCUCAGGCGCACAACGUGACCUUGCACGGAGCAACUGCAACACAUCGUACGAAUGCAAGCAGUGCGGGAUGCGACAGCGGACACGGGCGUUCUGCUACUUUUGCCAUGCGAUGCAAAAGCCGGCGGCAUGCGCGCAGUGCGGACGGACAAAGUGCUUGGGCGGCGACUGUGCUGUGCGGCAUGGGGCCAAGCACGCGACGGGCAUGGAUCUUGUGGGCGCUGUGUGCGACCAUUGCGCGGCAUGGGUCUGCCACUCGCGCAAGUGCCUCACCACGCAUGCGUGCGCCUGCCCGCUCGCCGACAUGGUGUGCAUCGUGUGCUGCCGUGGGCCCGAGGUGUGCGGCGGCCGGUUCUUCAACUGCUCGACAUGCUCGGCGGCGCUUUGCGAGGAGGAUCAGCUCCAGCACGAGGGCACUUGCACCACCAUCGAUGGCGACUCGUUCAAGUGCAAGAGCUGCAACCGGACUGGCGUUUACUCUUGUCUCUCGUGCAAGGUCUCGUUUUGUGACACCCACGUUGUCCGGCGUGGGGUCGUCCUCUCCGCAGGCGCCAACCCGCCGUGCCCAAAGUGCUCCGUCACCGUCGUCGAGACCAAGGCUGUCUCGGUCUCCACCCGCAAGUACGAGUACGGGCGCCACAACACGGCCGACCAAAGUAAGGCCGACAUGUGGUUUGCGCCGUCGCGCGCCUCGGGCGCCGGGCCCUCGGGCUAACUGUUCGCAUUGUUUGUUUGGCGACAAUAGCUCGCUCAGACACGGCAGAACUCGUCCUCCGGCAGGGCGGCGAUGAGGUCCUUGACCUCGGCCAUUGUUGGUCGAUCUGCGGCGAGCGGCGCCCACGCCCUGCCGAGCACCGCGCCGAGCCGCGGGCCGCACCCGCCGUACGGGACGUUC